AUGCGCAACGCGAGCACCCCGCGGGGGUCCGCCAAGGCGUCGAAGAAGGCGCGGACGCCCUUCAGCGACCAGAAGAACAUCAAGAGCGCGUCGCCGAAGCAGAAGGGCGCCCGCGCCGCGAAGAAGUCGGCGGCGCGCGCCGCGCGGCCGCCGUCGACGUCGCCGCGGCGGCCCGCGUCGCCGGACCGCGACUUCAGCAAGGCCGAGGCCCUGGCCGCGGCGGCGGCCCACGUCUGCAGCCUGCGGCACCAGAGCGACCACCCGCUGCUGAGCGGCGGCGGCGGGUCGAGCGGCCCCACGGGCGUCGACGGCCGCGGCGGCGCGUGGCACGAGGUGUCGUUCGCCGCGGGCCCGCUGGGCAUCGAGUUCGAGCCCGAGGGCGUGGCGCGCGGCAGCGGCGUGGAGACGGGCUGCAUGGUCGUGCGCGUCCACGAGCUCGCGAGCCACCCGGCGCAGAUGGUCGCGCGGCGCGGCGUCUGCGCGGGCGACUGCGUCGAAUCCGUCGACGGCGAGCCGCUCCGGGGCUCGCCCUUCGGCCGCAUCGUCGACGUCCUGCGGUCGCGGUCCACGAAGGAGGCGCGGGUCGUGCGCUUCGCGCGGCCCCGGGGCGCCGCGGCGGCGACGCCCCUGUCGCCGGAGCGAGAACAAGACGGCGACGGCGCGAGCAGCAAGCUGCGGGGCGCGGUGCUCUUCGGGUCGGACCGGGGCGCGUCGGAGACGACGGGGUCGGCGCUCGACGGCAUCACGGACGCCGACGUCUCCGACGCGGCCGCGACCGUCGACGCGCUCGACGCCGUCGCCGACGCGGCCGCGGCCGUCGACGCGCUCGACGCCGCCGCCGGCGCGACGGCCGACGCCGCGGCCCGCGAGGAGCAGGGCGCCGCGGACCUCGCGCUCUUCGCGACGUGCGCGAAGAUCGAGGACCUGCAGGCGGCCAUGCCCGACGGCCGCGGCACCUUCGCGACGCCCCUGCUCGCCGCGGAGCUCCGGGCGAUGCACGACGAGAUGGCCCUGGCCGCGCGCGACAACGCGGCGCUCGCGGACGACGUCGCCGCGCGGCGCGCGGCGGCCGCGCGCGCGUCGCGGACGCUCGCGGUCGCGGUGUCGCCCGCCAAGAGCCAGGCGAGCUCCGAGGGCGCCGCCGCCGUGGCGCUGCCGGGCCGCGCGCGCCGCGUCGUCGAGGCGCUCGCGCGGGCCACGGACGCCGCGGCGUCGACGCGGCGCGACCUCGCGGCCGCGGGCCGCGAGGACCUCGCCAAGGCCCGGGGCCUCGCCGCGGAGGCGAGCGCGGCGCUCAAGGCCUACAAGGCCUUCGCGACGGCGCGCAUCGACGAGCUCGAGACCGCGAAGGGCGGCGAGGCCGCGGCGCUGCGGCGGGAGCUCGAGGACCUGAAGGCGCGGACCGAGUCCGGGCGCGUCGCCUUCGAGAUGGACGCCGUGCGCAAGGCCCGCGAGGCGCUGGAGCGCGAGCGCGCGUGCCGCGCGGCGCGCGAGGCCGACGCCGCGGCGGCCGCGGCGGCGCGCGAGGCGUCGCUGCGGAGCCGCGUCGCCGCGACCGAGGCCGCGGGCUUCCAGGCGCUGGAGGCCGAGCGGUUGAGCCACGCGGCGGAGUUCGAGCGCUUCAAGCGGUCGGCCGACGCGCGGCUCCGCGCGUCCGCGCUGAAGCUCGGCGACGGCGACGAGCGCCGGCGCGGCGAGGUCGACGACGAGCGCGCGCGCGGCGCGAAGCGCUUGGCGGCGGCGGCCGCGGAGCACGAGGCGCGGCUCGAGACGGCGCUCGCCGCGCGCGACGCGGCCCACGCGCUCGCGCUCGACCGCGAGCGCCUCGCGCACGAGCGCAACGCCGAGGCCGAGCUCCGGGACCGCGACGCGGCCGUCGAGGCCGCCGAGGCGCGCGCGGCGGCCGCGGAGCGGAGCGCUCGGGAGGCCGAGGCCGCCCCGGCCGCCGACGCCGCGGCCGUCGAGGCCGCCGAGUUGCGCGCGGAGGCCGCGGAGCGGCGCCUCCGCGAGGCCGAGGCGCGCGCGGCCGACGCCGAGGCCCGCGCGCGGGAGGCGGACCACGCCGCGGCCGUCGUCGCCGAGGAGGCGCGCGACGCCUUCGACGACGGCGCGGCGGCCGCGGCGGCCGCGCGCGCGGACGCGGCCGACGCGCGCGCGGCGCGCGCGGAGGCGCGCGCCGCCGCGGCUUUGACGGAAGCGUCGGCCGUCGCCGCCGAGGCGCUCGACGCCGACGCGCGCGCGCGCGCGCUCGAGGCCGCGCUCGAGGCCGCGGCCGCGCGCGAGGCCGCGGCCGUCGAGGCGUCCGCGGCCGCGGCCGCGCGCCACGACGGCCUCGGCUGCGAGGUCGUCGCGCUCCAGGAGGAGCUGGGCCACGCGGGCGAGGCCAUCGCCGCCCUCGAGGCCGAGGUGGACCGCCGGGGGCGCCUCGCGAGCGAGCUCGGCGACAAGGUCGUCGCGCUCCGCGCCGCCGCGCCCGAAAAGGACGCCGCGGCGCUCGAGGCCGCGCUCCGCGAGCGCGACGCCUGGAUCGCGAAGCAGCACGACGUCAUCGAGGCCAUGGAGGCCGGCUCGCGCGACCGCCUCGCGGCCGCCGAGGCGGCCGUCGCCGCCGCGCGCGCCGAGGCCGGCGACGCGGCCGAGUCCGAGCGCGCCGCGAUGGCGUCGGCCGCCGAGGCCGCGGAGCUUCAGCGGCUCCUGUCGGCGGCGCGCGCCGAGGCCGCGACCCUUUCUCGGGCCCUCGAGGCGCGCGACGCGGCGGCCGCGGACUUGGAAGCGCGCGCGGCCGCCGCGGACCGCGACGCGGCCGUCGAGAAGCUCUGGAAGGCGUUGGAGGCCAACGGCAUGAUCUACCUCGGCUCCUACGAGGGCUGGUACUGCGUCCGCGACGAGUGCUACUACACGGAGUCGGAGCUCGUCGACGGCAAGGCGCCGACGGGCGCCGACGUCGAGUGGAAGGCCAAGGAGCCGUCCUACUUCUUCAAGCUGAGCGCCUUCCGGGAGAAGCUCAUCGACUUGUACGAGGGCGACGAGGACGCGCUCGGCCCGAAGAGCCGGCGGAACGAGGUCCUGUCGUUCCUGAAGGGCGAGGAGCUCCGGGACCUGUCCAUCUCGCGGACGACCUUCAAGUGGGGCCUGAGCGUGCCCGGCGACGACGACCACGUCAUCUACGUCUGGGUCGACGCGCUCGCCAACUACCUCACGGCGCUCGGCUACGGCGACGACGACGACGAAUGGCGCGACAUGUGGGCCGGCGCGACGCACGUCGUCGGCAAGGACAUCCUGCGCUUCCACGCCGUCUACUGGCCCGCGCUCCUCUUGGCCGCGGACCUGCCGCCGCCGAAGAAGAUCUUCGCCCACGGCUGGUGGACCAAGGACGGCGCGAAGAUCUCCAAGUCGUUGGGCAACGUCGUCGUGCCCGCGGAGCUGCUCGCGGACUACGGCGUCGACGCGACGCGCUACUUCCUGCUCAGCGAGGUGCCCUUCGGGGGCGACGGCGACUUCUCGCGCACGGCCAUGCUCGCGGCGGCCAACGGCUUCCUCGCGAACGCCGUGGGCAACCUCUGCCAGCGGUGCUGCGCGAUGAUCGCGAAGAACUGCGGCGGCGCCGCGCCCGCGCUGCCGGACGAGCCGACGGACGACGACGCGGCGCUCCUCGCCGCGGCGCGGGGGCUCGGCGACGCCAUGCGGCCCCACGCGGACGCGCUGCGCCUCGACGGGGCGCUCUCCGAGGUCGAGGCCGUCGUCCGCGCGGCGAACCGCUACUUCGACCGCGCGGAGCCCUGGAAGCUCAGGAAGAGCGACCCGGAGCGCAUGGGCGACGUCCUCGCCGUGUCCCUCGAGACGCUCCGCUGCAUCGCCAUCGCCUACCAGCCCUUCAUGCCCGACGCCGCGGGCCGCAUGCUCGCGCUCCUCGGCGUCGCCGAGGGGCCCGACCGCGCGCUCGCGGCGCUCCCGGCCGGCGGCGUCCCGGCGGGGGCGGCCCUCCCGAAGCCGAAGCCCGUCUUCCCGCGCAUCGAGGACGACGAGGGCGCGGAAGGACCGCGCUCUUAGUCCGCGAGGGAGAGCGCCGUCGACGUCGCGCGCGCGGCCGCCACGCGGUCGACGUCCGGCUCGGAUGCAACACGCCGGCGCCCUUAGUCCGCGAGGGAGGACGCCGCCGCGCGCGCGCCGCCGACGACGCCGCCGGCGACGUCGCCGACGCCGUCGACGACGCCGCCGACGGAGGACGCGACGCCUCGGACGAGGCCUCCGCCCAGGGCCGUCGCCGCGUCGCCGAGGCCCUGGGUCACGUUGCCCGUCGUCGCGCCGCGGACGAGCGCGCGGCCCGACGCGCCGACGCCCUCGACGACGGCGACGCCGCCGCCGACGACGCCGCCGACGACGCCCCGCACGCCGCCCGUCACGCCCUCGACGACCCGCGACCCGCCGAACUUCUCCGCGAGCGCGUCCGCGGCGUCGAGCGGCGCGAAGGCCACGGUCGUCGCGAGGCCCGUCGCGCCGCCUAAAACCGCGUCGACGGU